GGAUUUGAGCUUGGAGAGAGAAAGGAAUGUAGAAGGAAUUAAAGAAAAGGUUGCAAAUAUUUUUGCAUGUAGUAUAGAGUUCAAUGCCAUUUGUGAAAUGAAAGAUACAGCAAGAGUCCUCAUCCCUAUAAUUAUCUUGAAGACCGUUGGUUGA